AUGCAUCCACCUCAGUCAGUUGUUCACUGUGUUAAUUCUCAGUUACUGAUGCUGUUCGUUUUCUUGUUGUUGGUAGUACCUGUUCUAGGCUUGAAAAACACCAAUGUGACUCGUACGAUACGCUUUAAAGGGAACAUUGUGAAGAUACAUCAUGAUAUUCUACUGAGUGAAACACCUGCUAAGUACCAACUUGUCAUUGAAGAAAGAGAAUGGAAACAUCUGGCCUUCAUCGGUGCAUCGUGUGGAGACCUGAAGUCAUCGCGGAAAGUCCCUGUAAAGCCAACAACCGGCAUGCCUUAUACGUACUCUAUAGAUCUUGGAAAACCGUCGACCGAACAAAUUCAUUUGUUUGUGGACAUUGUAUUAACUGAAUUGUUAGAACCAAGACCUGCUGAGAUUUAUCAAGCUGAUAAGCAGUUCGUCAAGUUUAGUGGCAAUGCUUACUUUUAUUCCCCGUAUCUGACUGACAAUCAGCUAACGUACAUUCACUUGCCAAAGGGUCAACUUCUAACUCACACUGCUACGUCAACCCCACCUGUCAUAAAUGGAAAUAAUUUAGUCUAUGGUACUUACGAAAGCCGUCCAGCCUUCUCGACGGAGCCACUUGUCCUACAUUUCGAGUAUUACGUUCCAUUCCUGACGGUCACUGAUAUGACUCGUCUCAUCGAAGUAUCGCAUUGGGGAAAUAUUGCUGUUGAAGAAACGCUUGAAAUCGUGAACACGGGUGCGAAGUUGCGUGGUUCGUUUUCUCGUUUGGAUUUUGAUUAUGGAGUUGGACAACAGGUAGCAGUCAACUCCCUUAAGACAGUUCUACCACCAUCUGCAAAGGACAUUUACUAUCGCGAUGAGAUUGGCAAUAUAAGCACAAGCACAGUCAAAAACUUGCUAGAUUCCGUGGAGGUGACUCUCGUUCCGCGCUUCCCGUUGAUGGGUGGAUGGAAAACGCGCUACACAAUAGGAUACAACAUCCCAGCCUAUGAGUUCCUCUAUCACAGUGGUUCUAAGUUUGUUCUUGUAAUGCCGUUCAUUGACCGUGUUUACAAGGAUCAAUUCAUUCGCAACUUAACGCUGAAAAUUGUUCUCCCAGAGACAUCUGACGAUAUUCAGUUCGAAACACCUUUUCCAGUUCACGAACAGCAUUUUGAAAAUUUGAAAACAUACUUAGACACAUCUGGCCGAACCGUUAUUGUCUGCAAAGCUGCAAAUCUUGUCGAUGAACACAUUCAAGAUUUCAAGGUGAAUUAUCGCUUCUUUCUGCCAAUGCUCCUCCGAGAACCUAUGAUGCUGAUUUUAGCGUUCUUAUGUAUAUUCGGUGCUGUAAUUAUUUAUGUCCGCUUGGACUUUUCGAUCUAUAAGGAUGAAAAAAAUGAACUUCGCCUUCGAAUACAAACGCUAGUAGAUGAAACUCAAGCCUUGCUAAGAUGUCGUUCUUCUUUGUAUCAAUGUUAUGAAGAUGCCCUGACAAAAUAUAAAGGAUCUAAAGAUAGCGCACAAUUCACAACUGAUCGCCGUAAAUUAGAAGCAGAAUAUAAAAGUCUGAAUCAACAGUUGAUGUCAGUUCAGAAUAAAAUAGGAGAUUUAUAUCCGGACGGAGUAGAUAAAUUGAACGACAUCAACCAUUUGGAUCAACAAUAUCGUGAUCUAGUUCAAGAAGGUAUCCAACUGGCAGAAAAACUCCUCACUGGCAAGUUGACAAAACCACAAUAUCAGUCCUCAAAUGACGAUUUAUGUUCUAAGAAAGCUGAUAUAAUCUACAGAAUAGAUUCAAUAUUAGAAUGCCUCUAGCAGUAACGAAUAGGAUUCAUGUGUAUAAUUCGUUGUGUUGACUUUAUUUUUAGUCCUUAUCUCCGUGUGCGAUUGUGUUUUGUUAAUUUUUUCUACUAUUUGUGUUUUUCAUUUAAUAAAAGACAUUGGAUAAA